AUGUUCGCAGAAGCGCUGUGCGGCGCCGUGGCUCUGGUCCUGUAUGUCAACACUCUGGGCGCCGAUUUCUGCUACGAUGACAGCCGUGCAAUCAAGACCAACCAGGACCUGCUUCCGGAGACCCCCUGGACGAACAUCUUUUACGAUGACUUCUGGGGCACCCUGCUCACGCACAGCGGCAGCCACAAGUCCUACCGGCCCCUGUGCACCCUCUCCUUCCGCCUCAACCACGCCGCGGGUGGGCUGGACCCGUGGGGCUACCACCUGGCCAACGUGGCCCUCCACGCCGCCGUCAGCGCGCUCUUCACCUCCCUGGCCGGCCUGCUGCUGGGCGGGGGGCCGUGGAGGCUGGCGGCCGGCCUGCUGUUCGCCUGCCACCCCGUCCACAGCGAGGCGGUGGCGGGCGUGGUGGGGCGGGCCGACGAGGGGGCCGCCCUGUUCUUCCUGCUCUCGCUGCUGUGCUACGCGCGCCACUGCGGGCUGCGGGGCCGCGCGGGGGCCCCGCGGCGGGCCGCCUGGCUCUCGGCCAGCCUGGCCUGCGCCGCCUGCAGCAUGCUGUGGAAGGAGCUGGGCGUCACCGUCCUGGCCGUGUCGGCGCUCUACGACGUCUGCGUCUUCCACAGGCUCAAGCUGCGCCAGAUCCUGGAGAUUUUCUUCAAGAGAAAGAACGUCCACCUGCUGCUGAACGUGUUUCUGUUGGCAGCGUGGGGAGUCGUUUUGUUGGCCUGCCGCCUCUACUGGAUGGGAAACAAACCGCCCAACUUCUCCAACUCCGACAAUCCGGCGGCAGACUCCCCCUCGCUGCUCACCAGGACCCUGACCUUUUUCUACCUACCCGCCGUCAACUUUUGGCUCCUCCUCUGCCCGGACACGCUCAGCUUCGAUUGGUCAAUGGACGCGUUGCCUUUGAUCAGGACCGCCGCUGACUGGAGGAACCUUUACACUGUAGCUUUCUACCUUGGGCUGCUGUCGCUCGCUUGGUUCGGCCUGCGCGGGCAUCAGACAGCCAAGGGGAAGGAGACCAACGGGAAAGCCCAUCUCUACAGCAAUGGCCGAAACGGGAACACUAACGGACACAGUUACCACUACAACAACCACGAACACACGAGUAACUCGCUCACGGAUUCCCACCUCAAUAGUUACGGUGCGCAAAACGGCACCAAAAAGCCCCCUGAGAGCAGGACUCCGCUGCCCACCUCUGAAAGCGUGGUGGUGUUUUCCCUCGGCCUUUUGGUCAUCCCUUUCCUACCCGCCACCAACCUGUUCUUCUACGUGGGAUUCGUGAUAGCAGAGAGAGUCCUGUACAUCCCCAGCAUGGGAUUCUGCCUGCUGGUGGCGGUAGGCCUGAGGUCCCUGUACGUCCGCGUGCGCCGCAGAUGCUCCAGGAUGCUGCUGUUGUACUGCAGCGCCGUGCUAAUUCUGCUUUUCGGCAUCAAAACCGUUUUGAGGAACCGGGACUGGCAGAAUGAAGAGAUGCUCUACAAGUCAGGGAUUUACGUCAAUCCUGCUAAAGCAUGGGGCAAUCUUGGAAAUGUCUUGAAGAGCCAGGGGAAGAUGGAGGAGGCCGAGCAGGCCUACAGAAACGCUCUCUACUACCGCAGCAACAUGGCUGACAUGCUCUACAACCUCGGUUUGCUGCUGCAGGAAAGCAACAAGUUCUCAGAGGCGCUCCACUACUAUAAGCUGGCCAUUGGGAGCCGGCCAACUCUGGCUUCGGCCUACUUGAACACAGGCAUCAUUCUGAUGAAUCAGGGACGUCAAGACGAGGCCAGGCGCACUUUUCUGACGUGCGCUGACAUCCCAGACGAGAACCUAAAGGACCCCCAUGCCCACAAGAGCUCAGUCACCAGCUGCCUGUACAACCUGGGGAAGCUGCUCCACGAGCAGGGGCAUCAGGAGGAGGCCCUCUCCGUGUUCAAAGAGGCGAUACAGAAAAUGCCAAGACAAUUUGCACCACAGAGCCUCUACAACAUGAUGGGAGAGGCCUACAUGAGACUGAACAAGCUGACUGAGGCUGAACACUGGUACAGAGAGUCGCUGAGAGCCAAGCCGGAUCACAUUCCCGCGCACCUUACCUAUGGAAAGCUCUUAGCCAUGACGGGCCAGAAACCAGAAGCAGAGAGGUACUUCCUAAAGGCCAUCCAGCUGGACCCAACAAAAGGCAACUGCUACAUGCAUUAUGGUCAGUUUUUAUUGGAGGAGUCUCGGCUGCUGGAAGCGGCGGAGAUGGCCAAGAAAGCGGCACGCCUGGACAGCGGAGAGUUUGAUGUGGUCUUCAGUGCAGCCCACAUGCUCAGACAAGCCAGCCUAAAUGAGGCAGCUGAGAAGUAUUACGGCCAAGCAGCGAGCCUGAGACCCAACUACCCUGCAGCCUUGAUGAACCUCGGAGCGAUCCUCCACCUCAACGGGAAGCUGCAAGAGGCCGAGGCGAAUUACCUCCGGGCACUCCAGCUGAAACCGGACGACACCAUCACUCAGUCGAACCUGCGGAAGCUGUGGAACAUCAUGGAGAAACAGGGCCUGAGGACCGGGGGGGCUUGA